CUACUUCCUGUUCAGGUAAAAGAAGAAGAAGAAGCGGAAGCGGAAGUGGUCCUCUCUGUUGCGCUAACACGUUAAACAUCUCGUGUCUUCGUUCCAUUUUCAGUUUCAGACGUUAAAAUGAACGAAGUGAAGAAACCGCAGGAGUUUGACUCGUAUGAGAUCGAGGAGCCCAGUGACGAGGAGGGCGCCGCCAGCAGUUCAGAGGACGAGCUGGAGGUGCUGCUGAACGGGACUCCGGAGCAGAAGAAGAAGCUGAUCAGAGAGUACCUGACGGGGGAGAGCGAGUCGUCCAGCGGGGAUGAGUUCGAGAAGGAGAUGGAGGCCGAGCUCAGCUCCACCAUCAAGACCUUGGAGGGGACCUGGGGACCAUCGACAGAAGCACAAACCCUUGAAAACGGAGGAGGAGCCGGACCUGGACUCCCUAAUCCUCAGACGUACGAUAAUGUCUACUUCGACUCUGACUCCGAAGAAGAGGACAAACCAAGCAGCUCCACAGGCCAGAGGCGGAGACAGCGGGUCAUACUGACCAAUGACGAGCUGCUGUAUGACCCCGACGAGGACGACAGAGACCAGGCCUGGGUGGACGCCAGGAGAAGAAGAUACAAUAGCAGAAAACGACCAGCAGGCGCGAAGCAGUCUCGUCAGACGCAGAGUUUACCCAGCAGUGACGCCAUCCUCAACUGUCCCGCCUGCAUGACGAUGCUCUGUCUGGACUGUCAGAGGCAUGAAAAGUACCGGACGCAGUAUCGAGCCAUGUUCGUCAUGAACUGCACGGUGAAGAAGGACGAGGUGCUGCGAUACAAUACUCAGCAGGAGAGGAAGCAGGGAGGCAGGAAGAGGAGGCGGGGCCAGAAAACAGAAGCACCUGCAAAUGAGGCUCCUGACCCGUCGCCGGCAGGGAUGGACGGCGAUGAAGUUUACCGCCCGGUGCAGUGCGCCGAGUGCUCCACAGAGGUGGCCGUGUUCGAUAAGGAGGAGGUGUACCACUUCUUCAACAUCCUGGCCAGCCACUGCUGAGAUGGACUGAGCGCGUUCUGAGCGAGAGGUUGUUUUGGGAAGAACCGAACCGUCAGCGUCCCGACUGAGAGCGAGAUUCCUGCUGCGAAUCUCGACAAGUCUGACGAUGAUGAAUCAGAAGCUUUCAGGGUAGAUUCCCCGUCUGAGGAAAGCUACGUAUGUCGGCAGCACGUCGUCUAUCUUUGAAACCUUUUAAAUAUCUGACAAACACAGGAGUUAGACGCUAAGAUCUGCUCGUUGCAGCUGUUGUCUCACACUCGAGCCAAAGUGAUUCUUGAUUCUUGAGGCCGAAACCCUUAUUGAUAUUUUAGGAUUUACAAAUAUUUGAGAGAUGGAUCUAUUUUUCUUUUUAUUAAACAUCUUUAUGAUUGAUACAGGUUUUUUUUUUUUUAUGGUGUAUCAAGUGGGACUUCUAAGUUUAAAAAAAUAAACUCUGGAGACAUUGUUUUUUUCACUAUACAAACAAUAAUUAUAGCUGUGAUAAUUUAACAUUUUUGGAAAUACAGUUAACAGUGACGUGUGCUGUGACGUGAAGUGCUGCCUCCAUCAGAAACUUUCAGAUCACAUGAGUGACAGAGGAACUCCUUGUUUGAAUUACUGAAGCUUUGGGCUUUUAUGGUUCUACUGAGCUUGUUCUUCGUUGUACAAACAUUGAUGCCAAAAUCUCUAUUAGGAUGAUGCUGACAUCGUUGUGUGUUUGUUGUUGUCAGCGACUUCCAUAAAAACCCCAAACGACAGAUGUACCUGUGGCUCGGUCACUGACCCAAAUCCAUUGGUUCCUACUAAAGAUGAAAUCUUUGAAAAUGCCUCACGAAUGUAUAGUUUCACUAAAAAAUAUGUUUUCUUAAAA